AUGCAUGCACAAAGUUGCCACGGACAGAACAUUUACCUCUAUUCCGACAACAUCACGACAUUGAAGUAUGCCGGGAAAUUGAGCGGAACCACUUCCCUCAUCUUACAACGGAUUGCCUUGGAAAUUCAAAUGAUAAUAUCGCAGUACAAGCUGCAGAACAGUCGAGCCGAAUACAGACACAGAUCCACACUGCAGCAUCCCAUGGAACUUGUUCCGCAAGAUUCGACGUUGGGCACCACCGAUGACGAUCGACGCCUUCGCAUGGAGAACGGAUCACAAACUCCCACACUGUUGGAGCUGGACAACGGAACCCGAGGCGGAAGCAACAGAUGCUUUCCAACAACGACGUCCCACGAAUGCCCUAUUUUUGCACCCACCUUGGCGCCUAUUUCCUCAAGCUUUACGCAAGUUACAGACAGACAAGUUCAUCACAGUGCAGCCUGGCAAUCGGCUGCAACCGGAUGUACAGUGGUUCCUUAA